AUGGGAUUACUAUUAAGACCAGGAAUUCAUCAGUCCCAGUGCCACCAGUUCCACCGCCUAUUACCGGUACUUAUAAAACCAAAAAUUUCCCAUCUCCAUUUCCAUCAAAAUCCAAACCCACUACCAUUUACACCUACACGUACCAGAAGAGUAUCGCAAACAGUGCGAGCACUUGCAGAAGCAGCACCCAAAAAAAUGGUCAAAGCUAUUAGAGUUCACGAACUUGGUGGUCCGGAAGUCCUCAAAUGGGAAGAUGUGGAAUUAGAAGAACCAAAGGAAGGCGAGAUUCGUGUCAAAAAUAAGGCCGUUGGCCUUAAUUUUAUCGAUGUUUAUUUCCGCAAAGGAGUUUAUUUCCGCAAAGGAGUUUAUAAGACCCCCACAUUGCCCUAUACCCCUGGUAUGGAGGCUGCUGGGGUGGUGACAGCUGUGGGUCCUGGACUAACUGACAGGCAAGUUGGAGACCUUGUAGCUUAUGCUGGUGAUCCAAUGGGCUCAUAUGCUGAAGAGCAGAUUCUUCCUGCAAACAAAGUUGUGCCUGUUCCUCCCUCUAUUGAUCCUAUCAUUGCAGCAUCCGUCAUCCUCAAGGGUAUGACAGCUCAAUUUUUACUCCGCCGUUGCUUCAAGGUGGAACCUGGACACACAAUCCUUGUUCAUGCAGCAGCUGGUGGAGUUGGUUCUCUAUUAAGCCAGUGGGCUAAUGCCCUAGGUGCCAUCGUCAUUGGAACUGUCUCAACGAAAGAGAAGGCAGUUCAAGCCAAGGAUGAUGGAUGCCACCAUGUUAUAAUCUAUAAGGAAGAGGAUUUUGUUGCUCGUGUCAAUGAGAUAACAUCAGGCAAUGGGGUUGAUGUUGUCUAUGAUGCUGUAGGAAAAGAUACCUUCCAGGGAUCAUUGGCAUGCUUAAAGCCUCGUGGGUAUAUGGUGAAUUUUGGUCAGUCAUCAGGUACACCAGAUCCACUUCCAUUGUCAGCUCUUUCUGCGAAAUCCCUGUUCUUGACCAGGCCUUCCCUCAUGCAAUACACUGCAACUCAGGAUGAGCUACUGGCAACUGCUGGGGAGGUAUUUGCUAAUGUCGAAUCUGGUAUCUUGCGAGUUCGAGUAAAUCAUACCUACCCGUUGUCUCAGGCGGCCCAGGCACAUGCAGACCUUGAAAGUAGGAAGAUUACUGGAUCCGUUGUGCUGAUACCAUAAGGUAUCAUUCGGUAAGUCCUUCCCAUUAUCCAUUUGAAAUUCCUUGUAAUCUGUGUGGAACGAAAUAAAUGUCUUCUAGAUCUAGAUAUGGCUGGGUAGCCGAAUGUAAAUUAAUGUUUUGAAACUAGUCAUCAAGAGUACCAUUGUGACAGGAAUAAAUGGAUUUGAACUGUAUCUUCCGUUUUCUCAGAAUUUAUAAUUUCUUUUACUUUUGUAUAUGUCUGAAUUUUGUAUAUAUUUAAAUAUUGUUUAAGCGAUUAAAUUUACCAUUUCUUAA